GCAGUUGGUUUUUUUGCAAGAUCCCAUGUCGCAACUUUUCCAGCUAGUUUUUUUCUAUUCAUUGGCUUAUAAAACUAUUAAUUUUGCAUGUAAGUAGUGUAAUAGGUAAAUUAGUGCUCAGAGUGAAAUUUCUGGAUCCGAUAAAAUAGGAACAAAAGAGUGAAAGGAUGUCUUCUGGAAGCCCAGAAAGUGAUUUUCACGUUCAAGAUCCACCGUCAUCAGUUCCUGGAUCUCUCGCAUAUGUACUGAGGCAGGAGAGAUGUGAUUCACCCCUGGAUGAGUCGCAAAUUGUGGAGAGAGAAAGAAUAAGGCGAAUAUUGAGACACACGGAAAACUCACAGAAUGUCUCUCAGUCCAAUUUGUCCUAUUUGGAGGAUAUAUCCAGGACUCAAGACAGUGUUCCAUCACCAGCGGAUAAAACCUCAUCUGAUGAACAAUCAAAAGUGGAAGAUCAAUCGAAACAAGCUGGAGAUUCGACAGAAACUUUGUCUUUUCCGGAAGAUGAAAAGGCGGAGGAAUUGCAUCAGGAAAGCCAGGAAAACACAAAGCAGAAUCCAGGUGAGUCUGAUAAAUUGAAAGAAAAUAUUCCUAGAUGUAGUGCCAAGGGGAUAUCUACUGAAACAAUGGCAGAUAUUCUAAAUGAAGUGCUUCAAGGAUUAUAUAUCCAAUCAGAUGAAUCCCGGGAGGAAGUAAUUGGAAUCCCUGAGGUCACUUUCGUGACAAUUUCGGACAUAGGGGUAAUUGAAUCGAAGGAGGAUGAAAUGGAUAUUGACGAGGUGAUUGUUUAUGGAGAUCCUUUGGGUUCAAUGAGAGAUGCGGUUGAUAUUCAAGAUCCGGAAGAGCCUUCCGGAGGGUCUGUAGAAUUAGAGAAGGGUACUAUCCCCGAAGAGAGCCCUUCAACUCUGGAGACAGAUACUGUAGAUGAGUUAUUUGAGGAAGGAUCCGACCAGCAAAUGCUUGAUCUCUCAGAUACUUCCCAAGCUCCGGAAGAGCUUUCCGGAGGCAGUGAAAAUGAUCUUCAUGAGCUUCCUGAGCACUCACAGCAAGGAAUAGUCCAGGAGCAUCUUUCACCGCCAGAGAAAGAUACCGUGGAUGAGUUAUUUGAGAAAGGAUCCGACGAGCAAAUGCUUGAUCUUUCAGAUACUUCCCAGGCUCCGGAAGAUCCUUCCGGAAGCUCAGAAUAUAGGCUUUCGGAGCAUUUAGAGCAGGAAAUAGUCCAGAAGCAUUUCUUACUACCAGAGAAGGAUACUGUAGAUGAGUUAUUUGAAGAAAGAUCCGACGAGCAAAUGCUUGAUCUUCCAGACACUUCCCAAGCUCCGGAAGAGCCUUCCGGAGCAACCGGAAAAGAACUUCAUGACCUUCCUGAGCACUCAUGUCAGGGACUAGUCCAGGAGCAUUUCUUAUUGCCAGAGAAGGAUACUGUAGAUGAGUUAUUUGAAGAAAGAUCCGACGAGCAAAUGCUUGAUCUUCCAGACACUUCCCAAGCUCCGGAAGAGCCUUCCGGAGCUAUCGGAAAAGAACUUCAUGACCUUCCUGAGCAAUCACGUCAGGGACAAGUCCAGGAACAUCUUUCGCCGCCAGAAAGGGAUACUGUGGAUGAGCAAUUUGAGAAAGAAUCCAACGAACAAAGGAAUGAUUCAGUGGGCAUUUCCUCGCCUCCUGAGGAACCUUCCGCUUCAAUGGGAGACAUUUUGGAUGAGAUGGCAGGAAAUUCAGAAGCUCCAAGAGCAACAAAUUCUUCUUCCGGUGCCAUCCCGAAGACUCCAAGGCCAGGAGGAUCUUCAGAACGAGCUUCCGGAAAAACCUGGAUGAAUAUGGCUGACUUCAUGAAGAUGUACAAGAAGAAGCAAGGAAAUGCUCCUCAGAAAAAUUACACCAGUCAGGAGGAGCUUCUGAAGGACCUGAAGAAAUUGGCAAAGUGUCUGAAGAUCCGGGAAGGAUCAAAAUUGAAGCCUGAAAAGUUUUUCCGGGGUCUGCUUCCGGAGUAUCCAGCUGAACCGGGGUAUCUGGAGAAGAAGUAUGGAAGUGCUUUGAAGACUUCCAAAGGAGGUUCAGGAAAACUUCCGGAAGAAAGACUUCAUGCUUGGAAUAUGCAAGGCUCUAAAGAGGUUCUUGCCGAACCUGUGGAAUCUAUCCGGAACGCUCCAAAUGCCUCAGUGGGAGAGAUUUUGGAGGAACUUAUUGAAAGGGAUGAGGAUUCCAGGGCUGAAGGUCCUGUAGCUUCAGAGAAAGAUACUGUAGAUCGUCUGUUUAACGAGGAUUCGGAAAUGCAAACAGGAGAUACCCCAGGGACCCCAGGCAAUGUCCAAAGCUCUAAAGGGCUUCCGGAAGAAUCUGUAGAGUCUGUACAAUCUAUCCGGAAGAUCCGGAAUGCUCCAAAUGCUUCAAUGGGAGAAAUUUCGGCGGAAGUUAUUGAAAGGGAUGAGGAUUCCAGGACUGAAGAUCCUGCAGCUUCAGAGGAAGAUACUGUAGAUCGACUCUUUAACGAGGAUUCGGAAAUGCAAACAGGAGAUACCCCAGGUAAUGUCCAAAGCUCUAAAGGGCUUCCGGAAGAAUCUGUAGAGUCUGUACAAUCUAUCUGGAAGAUCCGAAAUGCUCCAAAUGCCUCAGUGGGAGAGAUUUCAGAGGAACUUAUUGACAGGGAAGAGCAUUCCAGGACUGAAGAUCCUGCAGAUUCAGAAGAAGACACUGUAGAUCGGCUGUUUAACGAGGAUUCGGAAAUGCAAACAGGAGAUACCCCAGGCAAUGUCCAAAGCUCUGAAGGGCUUCCGGAAGAACCUGUGGAACCUGUAGGCCCUGUCCGGAAUGCUCCAAAUGCCUCAAUGGCAGAAAUUUCGGUGGAUUCCAGGGCUGAAGAUCCUGCAGAUUCAGAAGAAGACACUGUAGAUCGGCUGUUUAACGAGGAUUCGGAAAUGCAAACAGGGGAUACCCCAGGCAAUGUCCAAAACUCCGAAGAGCUUCCGGAAGAAUCUGUAGAGUCUGUACAAUCUAUCCGGAAGAUCCGGAAUGCUCUGGGAGAGACUUCCAAGGAAUUUAUCGACAACGAAGAUCUUUCAAGAGCUAGAAGCUCUUUUUCAGGAACCAUUCCGAAAAUCCAAUCCGAAAAGGUCGCCCCAAGGUCAGGAGGAUCUUCAGAACGAGCUUCCGGAAAAACCUGGAUGAAUAUGGGUGACUUCAUGAAGAUGUACAAGAAGAAGCAAGGAAAUGCUCAGAAAAAUUACACCAGCCAGGAGGAAUUUCUGGAGGACCUGAAAAAAUUGGCAAAGUGUCUGAAGAUCCGGGAAGGAUCAAAAUUGAAGCCUGAGAAGUUUUUCCGAGGUCUGCUUCCGGAGUAUCCGGCUGAACCGGGGUAUCUGGAGAAGAAGUACGGAGGUUUUCUGAAGAAAUCAUCAUCGAAGGCUGAAGGAAGUCCAACAGAAGAGCCAGAGACGGUUUCUGAGGAAUCUCAGAAUUCUUCGAGUAGCUUCUGCAGUGAUGAGACAGUAAUCUUCAGGCCACUGUGUAUCCUUCCGGAAAGCGAGGAGCUGUCUGAUUCAAAUUAA